CAAUAAUACAAGACAUAGUCUCCAAGUGACAUAAUCUUUAUGAUUAUAAUUUUGUCGACCGGGUCGUUAACGGCUGAUUUACAAGAUUAACAGAAAAUUUACACUUCUCUCUCUCUAAUAGAGUUGAAAUUAAGCAUAUAUCACGAACUACAAGGGAAAAGAACAGUGAGGAGUGAUCAGAUUUGAAGAAAUAUUGUUUGACGAUUCAAAAUGCCUAGAGAUUUACUGGCCAAAUGAUGUCUCCAUCCAUGAAAGACUAACUUUAGCACCCGUUGAAGAAUUUUGUAGAAAGGAGUUCAACAAGUAGGACACUUGAUUAAUGUUUAUGGGCUAAGAAGUGGGGCAAAAUGAUCUUAUGUUUUGAAUUACCAAGGAGAUGGAGGAAACACAAACAGACACUGUUCAAAACGACUCAAGGAAUAAAUCUGUUUCUUCUUCUUCAGAUGGGGGUCUUAAAUUUAAAAGAAUGCAUAGUGAUCGCCACCUGGCGGAUUCAGGAGGAGCACAAAGAGUGUCACAAGCCCUUUGGUCAACUGGAAAUCUUUAUGAGCCAAUUCCUAGUGGAUUCUAUUCUAUUUUACCUGAAAAAAGACUCAAAGAGAAAUAUGACAUGAUCCCUUCUCUUGAAGAGCUUCAUGUGUUAGAAUCAGAGGGGUUUAGGCUCAAUGUUAUUGUUGUUGAUAUGCAUAAAGAUAAGAAGGUGUCAAUGUUACAGCAGCUGGCUUUGACUUUGGCAAAAGGGUUGACUUCUAAUCCAGCUGCAGUAAUUAAAAAGAUAGGCGGAUUGGUUUGUGACUUCUAUAAACUCCCAAAUGUGGAGUUAAAUUAUGCAAAAACUGCUUGGGAGGAAGUCUACAAUGUACAUAAUCAAGGUAUUCAGAUGCUAGGUCAAAUAAAGCAUGGUUUUUGUCAUCCACGUGCCAUUCUUUUCAAAGUUCUUGCAGAUACUGUUGGCCUUGACUGUAGAGUUAUGGUGGGUUUACCAAAGGAAGCAGAAUCAGAGAGAACAGAUUCACACAGACACGUGUCUGUUAUUGUGGAGCUGAAUUCUACUGAAUUACUGGUUGAUAUAGUGAGGUAUCCAGGGCAUUUGGUACCCUUUUCAACCAAGGCAGUAUACAUGUCUCAUGUGUAUGUCAUUGGUCAAGGUGAUUCUGGAGAAAAUGACUCAUGUGAUUCUCCUAUUGAACCCAACAGCCCUGUACAUGGUGCUGCAGAAAACACAGAUGAAGGUGACACUAAUGCAGCAAAUGCAACAUGGGGGCGCAACAAAAAUGCACUUGCUGAACAAAGCACGCCUAGUUCAAGUCCAGAGCAUUAUUUAUUUAGAGGGCAUGGAAGAUCUAUGCUUGGUGGUCAUAAAGAUUCUCCCAAAGGAUAUGGACAUGGCAUGACAGUAUCAAGGUCAGCAGGGGCAUCACCUACAGGAAGCCGAAGAAGACGAAGGAGAAGUAGUGCUACUAUGAUUCCAGAAAUUGGUGAUGACAUUGUAAGGGUUGUGAGAGCAAUGAAUGAUACUUUGAAGAGAAAUCAUCCUCCAAGGGAACUUGUUGAUGAACAUGGCACUAGUCCAGAUCAUCAGGAAAAUGCAUCUGGUUCACAUAACCAUAGGAGGCAAACGAGUUGUCCAAAAGCCAUCUCUUUGCCUUCAUCUCCUCAUAAGUAUAGGACUCGUGUUCUUGGUUCUGAUAAAAAUGGAACUGAAAAAUUAGAAGGAAAUUUUGAUAUGAUCACAGCAUGGAAUAAGUUACUUGAAUCUUCCUCCAUUGGGAAUGAACCAUGGUUUCCAUAUCAUGAAUGGAAUAUUGACUUUUCUGAACUCACUGUUGGUUCACGUGUUGGCAUAGGAUUUUUUGGGGAAGUUUUCCGAGGUACUUGGAAUGGAAUAGAGGUUGCUAUUAAAGUGUUACUUGAACAGGAAGUAAGUGCUGAAAAUAUUGAAGAUUUUUGCAAUGAGAUUUCCAUAUUAAGUCGACUUCGCCACCCAAAUGUUAUAUUGUUCCUUGGUGCCUGUACUUCGCCUCCUCACUUUUCAUUGAUCACUGAAUACAUGGACAUGGGGUCACUAUAUUACCUGAUUCAUGUGAGUGGGUUAAAAAAGAGAAUCAGCUGGCGAAGGAGACUCAAAAUGCUGUGUGAUAUAUGCAGGGGUCUAAUGUGUAUGCAUCGAAUGAAAAUAGUGCACCGUGAUCUGAAAAGCGCGAAUUGCUUAGUGAAUAAGCAUUGGAUAGUAAAAAUUUGUGAUUUUGGGCUGUCACGGGUACUAACAACCGCAAACAUGAGAGAUUGUUCGUCUGCAGGGACUCCAGAGUGGAUGGCACCCGAACUCAUUCGCAAUCAACCCUUUACUGAAAAAUGUGAUAUUUUCAGCCUCGGUGUCAUAAUUUGGGAACUAUGUACUCUUCAAAGACCAUGGGAAGGUGUCCCAUCAGCCCAAGUGGUUCGUGCAGUUGGUAAUGAUGGAACACGACUUGAAAUUCCUGAAGGUCCUUUGGGAAACCUAAUAUCAGAUUGUUGGGCAGAACCAGAUCAACGACCUAACUGUGAAGAAAUUUUGUCACGCUUAAUGAGCUGCGAGAUGCUGAUUUAAUAUUUUGGAUUGUGGCUUUCAAACAUGAACAAAAUGAUUGGAUAAAGUUCUGGAAGUGCAAUACUUCAAAUUUUGAUCAACAACAUUUAAACAUUUUUGCAUUAGUAGCAACUGAUUUGCUUUCUUACCAUCCAAAUGAAUAAAUGUAAGCUUAAAAGACAUUCAAAAGCCUAAACUAGAUAGAAAGUUUAUGUAAAUA